CCCGCCGCCGUCCGCACACCAGCGACCAGAUACAAGCCCGAACGAUGAUCUUCUUAGCGAAGCGACAGCAGCAAACAUCCAUUUGACAACUUCCGACCCCACACCUUGCCUUCGCCCGCUCCUUGCUCUAAGUGCCCAUCGGCCCUCCAGCCCGUGGGGACCAUGAUGCUCAGCAGCUCCGUGGAGGUGCCCAGCCCGGGCGGGAUGAGUGGCCUCAGCAGCCUCAGCGCAGCGGCCCGGAACGUGGUGCGCUCCUCCAGCAUCUCCGGCGCCAUGUACAGCCUGGAGAAGAGUCCCGGCAGCGGGGGGCCCGACUCCACGUCGCUGGCUGGGAACAAGAAGCGGCGCUCUAGUCUGGGGGCCAAGAUGGUGGCCAUCGUGGGGCUGUCGCAGUGGAGCAAGAGCACACAGCAACUGAACCAGCAAGACGCCGGAACGAAGAAGCUUCGUAGCACCAUCCGGAGGAGCACGGAGACCGGCAUCGCCGCACAGAGGAACCCGGUAACGCGGCAGGGCAGCAAGGACUCCACAGAUGGCAGCACCAACUCCAACAGCUCCGACGGAACGUUUGUCUUCCCUACCACACGCCUGGGGCCCGAGAGCCAGUUCAGUGACUUUCUGGACGGACUAGGCCCGGCUCAGAUCGUAGGCCGGCAAACACUCGCUACACCCCCCAUGGGGGAUGUCAAUGUGGGCAUGGUUGACAGAGGAGGGCAGCUAGAGGUGGAGGUCAACCAGGCCAGAGGGCUGAUCCCCAAACGGGGUUCCAAGAAUAUACCAGCAACCUACGUGAAGGUUUAUGUCCUGGAGAACGGCGUGUGUUUGGCCAAAAAGAAAACCAAAGUAGUGAAGAGGAAUCUGGACCCCACCUACCAGCAGGCUCUGUUGUUUGACGAGAGUCCUCAGGGCAAAGUCCUACAGGUAAUAGUUUGGGGGGAUUACGGACGUAUGGACCACAAGUGCUUCAUGGGAAUGGCCCAGAUCCUCCUGGAGGACUUGGACCUGUCUGCCACAGUCAGCGGCUGGUACAAGCUGUUCCCUACCUCCUCCCUGGCAGACCCCAGCAUCGGACCCCUCACCAGACGCCUCUCGCAGUCCUCGCUGGAGAGCGCCACCAGCCCCUCCUGCACCUAGACACGGAGCAGGCGUCCACACGCACAAGCGCAGGCAGUCAUGCAGACACAGACACACGUACUGUAUAUACACAAAGACUGUAUUUGAAGCGCAAAGAGACAGGUAGGCAUAC